CGGCGGCUUUCUGCGGAGCGACGCCCGGAGCCGAGCAUCGCUGAGCGGAUCCAGGACUGAGGUCAGACCGGGAGGAGACGGGCUCCGGAGUUCACUGCAGGAUGAAAACUCUCAGCUGAACUUCAUCAUCACAUUAUGACAUCAUUAGGCCCUGCCCACUGCCCCCUCCCCCUCCGACAUCAUCACCUUGUCUCACUCUGGAUUGGACAAACAACUCAUCAGCUGUCCCUGUGGCCCCGCCUCCUGCUGUCUCUCUGGCUCUGGAUUGGUGGACUGAUGACCCAGGUGAGCGCCUCCCACCAGCACUUCCACCCCCACUCCAUCAAGAUACCUGGUGACAUCACUCUGGGGGGGCUGUUCCCCGUCCACGCCCGUGGGCCCCAUGGGCUUCCCUGUGGCGAGCUGAAGAAGGAGAAGGGAAUCCACCGCAUGGAGGCCAUGUUGUACGCCCUGGACCAAAUCAACAGCGACCCCUAUCUGCUGCCCAACAUCACGCUGGGGGCCCGGAUCCUGGACACCUGCUCCAGAGACACCUACGCUCUGGAACAGUCGCUCACCUUCGUCCAGGCGCUGAUCCAGAAAGACACGUCCGACAUCCGCUGCGCUAACGGGGAGCCGCCAAUUAUCCGCAAACCGGAGAGAGUGGUGGGAGUGAUCGGAGCCUCGGCCAGCUCGGUGUCAAUCAUGGUCGCCAACAUCCUGCGUCUGUUUGAGAUUCCUCAGGUGAGUUACGCCUCCACUGCUCCGGAGCUCAGUGACAACAAUCGUUAUGACUUCUUCUCUCGGGUGGUUCCUCCGGACUCGUACCAGGCUCAGGCCAUGCUGGACAUCGUCCGAGCUCUGGGUUGGAACUACGUGUCCACGUUAGCCUCGGAGGGAAACUACGGAGAGAGCGGCGUCGACGCCUUCAUGCAGAUCUCCAGAGAGGCCG